AUGGAGUGGGCUGAAACAACCUCUGAUGAUAGGCAGACAACGUGGACUUCUACUGGUAGAGCAGUGGGCCUGAUACGUAACGUUAGAUCUUCAAAUGAGGAGGAACUCAAACUCUCAAGACUGAUUCUUGACAGUGCGUUCGUCUGCUCUCAUGGCCAGUCCUCCCUUCUAAUACCUUUUGGUACCACCUAUGAAGCGCUCUUGGGGAAAGGUGCUUCAUGUCAGAAUUUUGUGUGA